AUGUUUUCUACCUACAGCAUAGAUGGGAUUAAAGGGAUUUUCAGGCGCUGCUGGUUGGUUUUCAAGAAGGCUUCCAGUAAAGGACCCAGACGGCUAGAAAAAUUUCCAGAUGAAAAGGCAGCCUAUUUCAGGAAUUUUCACAAGGUAACUGAGCUGCACAAUAUAAAAAACAUAACCAGACUGCCUCGAGAGACAAAAAAACACGCAGUGGCAAUUAUCUUUCAUGAUGAGACAUCAAAGACAUUUGCCUGUGAGUCAGAACUGGAGGCAGAGGAAUGGUGCAAACACCUUUGCAUUGAGUGUCUAGGAACAAGGCUUAAUGAUAUAAGUCUUGGGGAACCUGAUUUGCUUGCUGCUGGAGUGCAGAGGGAACAAAAUGAGCGUUUCAACGUGUAUCUUAUGCCUACACCAAAUUUAGAUAUCUAUGGGGAAUGUACAAUGCAGAUCACACAUGAAAACAUCUAUCUCUGGGAUAUUCACAAUGCCAAGGUCAAGCUGGUCAUGUGGCCUCUGAGUUCCCUGAGGAGAUAUGGACGUGACUCAACGUGGUUCACAUUUGAGUCUGGAAGGAUGUGUGACACAGGAGAAGGGCUGUUCACAUUUCAGACAAGGGAAGGUGAGAUGAUAUACCAGAAAGUCCAUUCUGCAACGCUGGCGAUAGCAGAGCAACAUGAAAGACUAAUGAUGGAAAUGGAGCAAAAAGCACGGCUCCAGACCAGUUUGACUGAACCAAUGACAUUAUCCAAGUCAAUUUCACUUCCUCGUAGUGCAUACUGGCAUCAUAUUACCAGGCAGAACAGCGUUGGAGAAAUCUACAGUUUACAAGGUCACAGUCUCGGUUCAACAAAGGUGUCUCGUGCACAGACGUUUCCCAGCUACACCUCAGAGCAGAGCGAGGAGCACCAGCAGUCCCUGUCGCUGUCUAGCAGCUAUGGAUUCAGCUACAGCUCAGGCCUCAUGCAGUGACAUACAGAGAGCAGCUGAUCAGAGAGACAGUCUAGCCUGGAACCUGCCAGUAGGGUCAGGAAGUCACUUGCGUCCUCAGCAAAAGACAAAAUGUAGUGAAAACUGAGGCCUAUCAGCUCCGCUUGGGUUACAAUGAAGAUUCAAAGCUGGAGUACAGCUUCCCGGAAGGAGAGGCUAAGUCUUUUAUUUAUUUUCUUCUAUUUUCUUUCGUCCACAUAUAAAAAGAAAUAGAACUCCAGUUGUAAGCAAGUAAUUGAAACAAAUGAAAUCCUGUUGGUGCGAAGGUUUCUGCAUGACAGGACAUGCCCAUCCUGGGGUUGGAACAUGAUGACACAAUAUGAGGUUCUUGCCAUCCAUCUCCAUUGUCAAGUUUGCCUAUCUCCACACUUGAUGACAGUAUCCACUUUUAUACCCUGGUGGCCACUUACUGAUUCCAGUCGGUACUGUAGACAUGUUACCAGUUAAACAGCAUAUAGAUACUGCAUAUGUUAUCCUUAGAAAUAAGCAAAGUUGUAAUUCUAAAAAGGAAUGAACACCUUUUUAAUCAGGCUACCAUGGCUAGACAGAUACAUAUUGUGGGGUGGCAGGUUAACAUUUUCUAAUACAUUGGAAAAUAGAAUUUGUUGCAUUAAAAGUAAGAUAGUUACCUAGUGCAUAUCUAACCAUAAGUUUCUAGGGGCAAAUUGUGUGCACACGACUAUCAUGAAUACCACUGAAAACUGUGCACACACAAAGAGAAGGAUCUGGCCCUGCAGAGUUGCCUGUUCUGAAAAAUAUUUAAAUAGCAAAGUCUGCUGUUUGACAAGUUGAAAAGAGGAGAAGCUGUUCUUCAGACAUACAAAUCUGGGCCAAGUUCUUCAGCAUCAAUCUUAUAUUCUCAUUACAGACCAGGAUUCUCAAUUGUGCUAUAGCUGAGUUCCAUCCUUGUCCUUCUGGUUAGAGUUACUUUGGUUUUCUCAAUUUAUUUCCCAGAGAGUUUUGAGAUGCAAACUGCAUUGUGUAUGUGGUCAUGGAUCAAUUAUCCAUUUCACUUGAAAAGACUUGGAGCAAUUCUAAAUUUGAACUUUCUUUCUUUGAGGUGCAUUUAACAAAAAACAAACCACCCCCACCCCCAAAAAAACCCAAAACAAUAAACCAUGCAAAUUGGAAUUUGGAGUUUGGGAUUAGUAAGGGAGACCUUUGAAAGCACCCCCUUAGGUGUGAGGAAUGAGUUUUAGCUGUUCUGAAGAGUUCAAUGUUCAUAAUGGUUAUCAAUUAUAUAUGUACAGUAUGUGAUGCUUUGAAAUUUUUAAAACUGGGGAGGGAAAGAUCUGCUCACUGUAUUUUGUGUGAGGAGACCUUUUGUUCCAUUCCUGGUGUUGAACGGAUUGCCAUAAUUACCCAAGGAAUUUCCAUCAUUAUUUGUUUGUUAGGAUUGGUAGAGGACGUGUAACAAGGAGAACCAUAGACUUUUCCAAGUACACAGUUUUCUCUCUUGUAAUUUAACUUGAAAAGGGUCAUUUUUUAUAAAAAGGUACAAAAGAAAUGUCUGCUUCUGAUUAAACCCUUAUUGAUAUGGUAUGCUCAGCUUCUCUCCAAACACUUUACAGGCUAUCAGAUUGUAUGUAGUCUUACAUACCUCAGUGAACAGCUGCUGAAUGAAAAAGGUUUGUGAUCUGUUUGAAUGAAUCAGUGGCAGCCUGCAACAAUUGAGUUUAUUUUUGUCUUUCUUUUCCUUUAUUUUGCUCUGUCUCCACCACUACCACCACAUUUACAAAAAGAACAGCUCUCUCUAUAUAACAUUUGGAUAGGCUAACACCACAGUGAAAAAUUACCACCCCACAGUCAACAAACUGCACCCAUAGUGCACUCUGAGAUGUGCCCAUCAAUACAAAUUCAUCUGCACUUCCCUUUUUUGAAAAGGCAAUCAUGCUGACAUUUUGUUUCUGGGAGAAUGUUUGCAUUUGCAAAGAAUACAUGUAAAAUUCAGUACAAAGGGUUGGAUUUUCAGCAUGCCAAAUUUGUAUCCUUUGAGGUUCUGGCUCAAUAUUUUUACUUCUCUAAAACUGCAAAUGCUGCAACUUUCCCACAAAAUAUGUAUAUUAUGCACUUUUUUCCUCUAAGUGUCUUGGUGUAAUUUUUGUUUUAUAUUUUGUCACCUCAAAUAUCACAUUCAUAUGGUUUGCUUAGUGAUGCAAAAACUUCUCACUUAAUAUUUAUGGUCCAAAGUAUAAGAAUAUGGCAAGAUAAAAAAACAAAUACCAGGACAUUGGAAGUUCUUUCUGGCCACAUGCAUAUAAUCCCAAAUCCUGUCUCUGAUGGUGGCCAUUGCUUGUACUUAAGAUGAGAAGAUAAAACUCUACAAUGCACUCUAUUGCAGGGAGGUAGGAUCUCUGCUUUCUAACCCAGCUGGUGGCCACCUCUUCUAGUAAUGCAUGAGAAAAGUCUGUGUACUUUUAGCCUACACAUCUGCAUCAUUCUGGGCUUGUAAAUACCUAGAUGUUAUUCAUAAUAAAAGGAUUAGCCACCUACAGUAAUUCCAUUAAUUUGCCUUCACAAUGGUAUACAGCAAUAAUUUUCAAACAAAGCAUAUAUAAGUACUUGUAGCAAUUUUUUGCAGCCACAGGUAUGCAAUUAAUUCCAUGAUAAAGGAUGGGAACUAGAUUCCAAAAUCUAUUGAGAAUCGUUUUGACAAAAACAAAUAUGUAAAGAAGUUAGAGACAGAAGCAGCGGCACUUACAGUACCCUCAUUAGUCGGAAAUUGGACCCCUGAGAACCAGAGGUAUUUGGUGGCAGGUGAGUAAAUGAAGUGAGUUCAUUAUUUGUGCCACUUCAGAACAACAGAUGAUAACCACUUUCAAGGGCUUUAUAUGAUAUCCUCAGAAAUGAUCCUCAAAAAAUGUACUUCCUAGGAGAACUGGAACUGGCAGGUAAUAGUUGAGGGUCUCACCAGAAACACUGCCUCGAAGGAAUUGCUUUAACAUAUACCUGUUCUAUAAGAUGAGUGAAUUCCCGCUGAGACACCUUUUGACAGCUCCUAGUGGUUUUGCCAGAAGGAAGACACCCUUUUGGCUUACUUACAUGGUUGAGCUGCUGCCUAGAGACUACCAGGCUCCGUAAGGGACCUGGGGAUCACACAGAUCCCUGUUCAAGUCUCGGCUUCGUUCAUGUGCAAGAUGCACAGAUAGCAAGUCCCCUCCUAAACCAAGAGAAAAAGCACUCUAAUUUCAGCUACAUGGCUGUAGAGAGCAGGAGGGCAACAUGUCUUCAGUGGUACCCAGAUAUAACCAAGAAAUGUAAAAGGUUACCAGUUUUAAAACUGUUGUUUUUAUCUUGUUCUGGUAACAUGAAUACAUUAACUGUAAUUUUAAACUUUGAGGAUACCUGGGUGUCUAUUUGUCCCUGUAAACAAGUGGUGCACUGCAUAGUUAUGCCUUAUUACCAGAACAUCUCAAAUACUUACAUGCUAAAUUGCCACAUGCUGGUGUUUCUAAGCUAUAGAAUUCACUUACGGCAGGAAAGGAGAAGCAGGAUGGAGACGAGUGUGAUUUUAAGGUAGCAGAAGCUCCUUAGAGUACACAGUGCACUCCCUGUUUUGAAACAGCUACAUUUUGGUCAUUAUGUGUCACUUUAAAUGGACUUUGAGUGCAUCCUGUCCUUACGACAGAGCUUUUUGCCCGUCCACUUUCAAAAAGAUAAACAUCUUACAAUCUGAAACACAAAGUAUUAUUUGUAGAAUAAGUCCUUUGAGCUCUGUCUUGGACUUCUCAAUUCUGUUCCCAGUUCCACACCUGCACCCUAUCCUAAGAGAAUCUGGAGAGCAAGUGAAGAAAAGACAAACUUACCAAGAAAAAAAGAUUUAUAAAUAUGUUGGUAAAAUAAGUGUAGGAAUUAAAUCUUGCCCACCUAGCCAGGGAAGCUGUUCUGUUUCAUUCUAGCAAAGAUCUAAUAGAGUUUGUAGCAAAAGUUUGCAAUUGAUAGCAUUAAAAUAAGCAGGAAUUGCAUAGUAAAUAAAAAGCACACUGAUUUAAUUGUUUUUCUUCAGUCCAGCCUGUUUUUACAUCAUGCAGGUUCUGGGACUCAACAUCUGAAAAAAAGGAAGUUUUAAAGUGGUUUCUGCAGCAAUAAUUUAUAUACUUCAGCCUGCAAGCAGCCUGUCUGGUUACUCAUUUGGUGAGCUGUAGGCAGCCUCUGAGAACCUCUGUCUUUAAAUCAUGGGUAGUACCCCACCAGCAGACAUCCAUCCUAGCUUGCAGCAAACACCUAUGUAUGCUGGCGAGAGUUGGAAUUCAGGUUUAUUCCUUUAUCAGCCUUGACUUUAUCAGCACUUCAACAGGUGUUACUUAGCACCAAAAAUGCUAGUGAUUUCUGAGACGUCUAUGCAGUAAGAACUGACUGAGAUCUCAGCACAGACUGUGGUUACCAGCAUUCUGGGCUGGAUUUUAACAAGUAACUAAAACCCGAAGGCUUGGUUUCCUGUGACAAGAUCUCAGACUUUUGAAGCACUACACUUUCUAAGAUGAAAUCCAGCAUUAUUAAUAUGCAACUAUUCCUUCUAGUGAAGAAACCUCUCUCUCUCUACUCAUCUCCUCCUAGUUUUUACAGUUUUGAAGCUUUUAGUCAUUUUAUAGCUUCAUGCAUACAAAAAUACCCUUUCUACAAAGUUGAGAAAUGAAAAUCAGGGCAUAGGAAGCAGGAAACCCUUACUUGAUCAUGUGAAGGGUGAGCUCCCACAGAACUGAAAUGACUUUUCUUUAACAGAGCAGUGGCACUUGUUUUCUUUUUUUUUCCCAUAAGAAUUUACUGGUCAACAUACAAACACUAGGUUCCCAUGACCCUUCCUGCCACCCCUCCCCUGUGCAAAAUAAGCUUAUAUUUUGCUAGUAAAAUGUAGCUGUAUUGCACAUUAUUGCAGUGACACAGCUGUAGCAUUUGAACUAUGAGAUUAAGUUUUGAUGCAACAUAUAAGUUUCAUGGAUGCUGAACUCUUCACCUCCUGAAAACAAUAGCUUAUUCUUUUUUACUAUAUACAAGUAUUUAACUUUUGAUUGAUUUUCUAAAAAAGUUGUAUGAUAUUUGAACCACAAACACCUAUCAGAAUAAAAUGAAUGUUAAGAGUCACAAAGAUACGAGAACCAGAGCUGAUUAUCUGACAGCCACUGAGGUAACAUUAAUUAGGUUGCCUCUGUAAGCCCAGCCACUCAAAAACAAAGUAGUCAAGGAAGAAAGGGGAACAAUAAAUAAGUCCACUUAUUUAGGCAUCUAAAUAUCAGGUUAGAAGUCUGGGUUUGAUUUACUAGGGUGAAAUCAAAGUUCUGUUGAAGUUAAUGGGGUUUUUGCCAUAAAAUACACUAUUCACUUUUCUUCUACAGUUUAUUCCUAUAUUUGAUAAACUAAGUUUGUCUUUCAGUUGUGCCUUACAGCCUACUUGAGCUUAAAAGUGAGGCAUAACUGAGAAGAGAUUUUGUCCUAUUUCUUUCUUUUCUCAUGGUUUGCUGAGUAUGUAAAAGUGCUCCCGAGAAAGGAGUUAAGCCGUUUCUGAAUUUCACAUUUCACACUGAACAGUAUUGAGAAAGGUUACAUUUUCGCCAUAUUCUUUUUAUCCUGGUGUGUGGGAAGUGUCAGGAGAACGACUGAAUACAUUAGCAUCAUUCUGUGCUUGUUACAAUCAUAGCAUUGUCAAGAAAAUGGAUAUAUUUUUCAGUGUUUUUUUCCUGUAAUCUUUUUUGUGAUCAAAGUUAUACCCCAUUUUUAAUGUACAAUAAAUUCUUGUUCUUGGCAUAUA